AUGUCACCUAGCAACGGAAAGUACGUCGUCUUCGACAUCGUUGGGACCUGCGUCUCAUACGACAAGCUUACCGAAGCAGUCGAAAAGCAACUCGGUGAAAGACUGCUGGCCGAGAAUGUGAAGCCCAGUCUUCUUGUGAACCUCUGGAUCGAGGCUGGAGAGAGGGAAUAUACGUAUCUUUCAAUAACUAAUCGAUACGUCGCAUUCGACAAGCUGUUCGCAUCCCUCUUUUAUCGCAUGCUCUGGCUCGCCGGUAUCCAAGAGCCACGCUCCUUCGCAAAUGGGGCUGAUAUCGAGAAGAUUAUGCAUGGCUACAUGGAACUCGAGCCAAGACCUGAUCUCAAAGAAUGUUUUGAUAAGCUUCGAGCAGCGGGAUUCACGGUGCGUGGUCUGACAGCUGGGGACUUUGACAGAGUGCUUGGGUACUUUGAUAAGGCGGGCAUCGAGUUUCCAAAGGAGCACCUGAUUUCUUGCGACUCGUUUGGCGUGGGUAAGCCGGAUCUCAAGGCAUAUGCCUCGACCUUUGAGGAGUUGAAGGGAGCAAAGGAGCUUUGGUUCGCCGCGGCCCAUAUGUGGGACGUCAGCGCGGCCAGGCUAGUUGGGUUCAAAGCUGCGUAUUGCUCUGUGUUAGAGAAAGAGCCUUGUGUAGACAUAUUUGGGGAGAUGGAUGUCAUGUCGGAUACUCUGAGUGACAUGGCAGAUAAGAUUAUUCAAGGUUCAUCUUAA